AUGCCUGAACGAAAUCCCAACCACGGCGCGACCAGUUACAUUAUCGUCUGGAGAGCAGUGUUCCGUGUUGCGUGCCUCGGGCACAGAAUCAGUCCGCUGGGAGCCAACGACUCCGGCUUGCCAAGUCUCGGGGCCAUGAUGCUGCUUUUCCUGGUACUGACCCCGUUCCUAGCCCUUCUAAUCCAGAGCAUCGUCGACCGUUGGUGGUAUGGUGUUCGCUCCUCCGGACCGUACUUGGGCAUUGUCGUUGCCUUGCUUUUUAUCUUUCCAAUCAGCGAAUCAUGGGCAAAGUGGCUGGUGCAUGAGACCGAGCGCAGGAAAGAGCAGCUUCGUCGCCAGCCCAACCGUCAGCCUGCUCCCAACCCCGAAAUCAGGUCAGUUCAAAUGUCUCCCAUCUUGCACAGUCGGCGCAUCUUCCGCACGCACAUCUGGGAGAAUGCCGUGCAAGAGACCGUCCCUGAAGCCAUGGCUCCUUCGCAAGCCCGGUUCACCGAGUACGCUGCCAUGCCACUGCUGGUCGACGAAGACAGUGCGCACUGUUUGAUCUGCUAUAGGACCUGGGAGCGUGGUGACGAGAUGCUAAUCACCCCGUGCAAACACCGCGCCUGCAGGAGCUGUGCCGAGGAAUGGUUCUCCAGAGUGUUGUCGUGUCCGACCUGCCAGCAGAAGCUGGUUUGGACGGAAACACUUGCCUUAGUUGAGACUCCGGGAGUAUGA